AUGGCACUCGAUCCUACUACACACUCCAAUUAUCUCGACAUUAGCACGAAACACGUACACUUUGAUUGGAAGAUUCUCUGGGGAGAAAAGAAAUUCGUUGGUAGCGCAACUCAUGAUCUCGUUGUGCACAAAGAUGGCGUCGGGCAUGUAAUAUUCGAUACGUCAUACCUUAACAUUACAGACGUGAAAAUAGGCCACAAAUCCACCAAAUUCGCUCUUGGUGAACGACAUCCCGUCGUUGGUAGCCCUCUGACUGUAUAUUUCCCCUCCACGCUUUCAAAAGGAGAUACUAUCAAAGUCACGAUCGACUACAACACGACUGGACAAGGCACAGCAGUCGGAUGGCUCGACAAAGAGCAAACAGCAGGGAAACACUUCCCUUACCUGUUCUCUCAAUGUCAACCCAUUUACGCUAGAUGCAUGGCUCCACUCCAAGACACACCAUCCCUCAAAAUCACCUACUCUUCUCGAGUCACCUCUGUUCUACCAGUUCUCAUGUCCGCUCUACGCCUAUCCCCUCCCGCUGAGGAAGUUCAUGGUGGCAAAGAGGUUGGGAAGGAUGAAGUCACGUAUGAAUACAAUCAGCCCGUUGCGAUUCCCUCGUAUAUCAUCGCCAUCGCCUCAGGAAACGUCGUCUACAAACCUUUUUCUUCAUCAUCCGUAGCUGGACAAGCCACUGAACCGGUCAAAUGGAAAACAGGUCUAUGGACUGAGCCUGAAGUCAUAGAUGCAGCAUACUGGGAAUUCGAAAAAGACACAGCUAGAUAUGUACAUGAAGCUGAAAAGAUCAUCACGCCGUAUGAUUUCGGCGUGUAUGACCUCUUGGUACUUCCUCCGAGCUUCCCUUAUGGCGGAAUGGAGAACUCGUGUCUUACGUUCGUUACACCCAGCAAGUCAUCUUCCAUCUGGGGAACUCUUCUGGCGGGGGACCGGAGUCUCGUCGAUGUUGUAGGGCAUGAAAUUUCUCAUAGUUGGUUUGGAAACAACGUCACGACGGCGGAUGCGGGCCAUUUCUGGCUAAAUGAGGGCUGGACCACAUGGCUUGAACGUGUCCUCCAAGGAGCGUUGCAUGGUCCAGCAGAGCGCGACUUUUCAUAUAUUAUUGGUCGGAAAGCUCUCGACGAGGCAUUGAAAGAGUUUCAGGAUCGACCCAAAUAUCAAAGAUUGCUCAUUCCGUUUGAAUUUGGUGAAGAUCCUGAUGAAGCGUAUUCAUCAGUCCCAUACGAAAAAGGGUCGAAUUUCCUCUUAUACCUAGAACGCCUGUUGGGUGGACUUGAUGUAUUCUUACCGUAUGCACGAGAUUAUGUGCGUAUGUACCGAGGAAAAUCCAUUCGUACCGACCAAUGGAAGGAACAUCUGUAUCAAUACUGGUCUAGAAAGGAGAAUGGAGGUGGUGAAGACAAAAUCAAAACCCUUGACUCCGUCGAUUGGGAUGCAUGGCUUCACGGAGAGGGGCUUUCACUUCCUGCAGACAUCCCCUAUGAUACGACACUAGCAAACGAUGCAUACUUGUUAGCCGCAAGGUGGAAUGAAUCGAAGAACCACGAUAUCAGCAAACUGGACUUCAACCACGAGGAUCUAGACUCGUUCAAUUCCAACCAAAAAGUCGUCUUCCUCGAGCGUCUAGCGACGCUAGCAGGACCGUCGUCUCUCCCACCUUCACACAUCCACUACCUUGCCGAAACUUACUUGGACGCGAUCACCAACACCUCCAACCCUGAAAUUCGCCUUCGGUUCUACAACUUUGUCCUGGCUGCAUCUCCCGAUGCAGCAAGAAAAUACACACCUGACGCGGCAGCAUGGCUCGUAGAGAAACAAGCACCUGGUUUGAAGGGCCGAAUGAAGUUCUGCAGACCCAUUUUUAGAGCGAUUGGCAAAGUUGACAUGCCUCUCGCAAGGAAGACUUUUAAGGAAAACGAAAUUUAUUUCCAUCCAAUCGCUCGGAGAUUGAUCGAAAAGGUAAUGCCCCUACGCUGUAGAGUCAGAGAGAGGGAUGACUAA